AUGAUUAUUCCAGUAAGAUGCUUUUCAUGCGGUAAGGUUGUGGGAGAUAAAUGGGAAACAUACCUUCAAUAUUUGGAAGAGGGAAUGAGUGAAGGAGAUGCCCUUGAUAGAUUGGGGCUAAAGAGAUACUGUUGCAGAAGAAUGGUUCUCACGCAUGUGGAUCUUAUUGAGAAGUUUCUACGUUACAAUCCUCUUGAGAAGAAGGAUAUUGAUGACGAGAGAUCGUACUAA